AUGGGUGCCAGCAUCCCCAAUCGACGGAAGCCAACCGUGCUCGGCGUCGGGCUCGGAUUGGUCCCUCCCCGCGCGACUACCGAGAGCGGGCGGCCGUUUGUCCGCACGGAACGAUCGAUCCUGGCAGCUGGUUGCGACUGUACUGUUGACCACUGGUUGUCGUCGCCGUGUACUCACAUUGCUGGGUCCCCGCCUCCCUCCCCGCCCCGCGAUCGAUGGAGGCUUGUUGCGGUCCACCUGCUACUAACCAAGUCUGCGUUCCUGGUCGGUGUGCCCACCGCCCACUGCCGACAAAGUUUCAAACUCGAACUCCACGCCACGUACGCUCUUGGUUCCACACAUAUAUCAACCUAUGCCAAGCGGCCCUUCCACGAAUCCCCCUCCCCCGGGUCCCUAAAUAUAUGGCAGAAGGGUCAUCGCGAUUCGCGGCUGGACGAAGGGUUAGAAAACAGAGUCACGGCGAUGUAUAUGGUGCUUGGCUAUUGGCAGUGCCGCGUCUCCGCCGCUGCUAUGGUGUUUGGGAACAACUAG